AUGGCAGAUCUUCCCUUUGUUGCUUCCUCUUCACCAGCAGAGGAGGAAGCUGAGUUUUCCGCAUUGGAUACUACCUCUUCAGCAAUUGAAGAACAACCCGGAGGUGGGAGCUUCGUGCAUACGACAUCAACAGCAAGAAUUGAAGAACAUCAAUCCGGUAAGAGCUUUAGUACGCAUCGUGAUCAUAGUUUUUGUGGAGAAAUAGGUAGGGCUAGUACAGCAACUACAACAAGUGGUGGUGGUGUUGGAACGAUAGCAAUAGAGAGUAUUUCUCGUGGUACUAGAGGUGCAGGUGGACAUCAAGAUGAAGUACAAGGACUAGAUGAGGUUCCGCGACGACCAGAUGACGACGAGCAGAAUCAAGAGCGGCUUGAUAGUAGUGCUUUCUACAGUUGUGAAGUUGCACAUCCUGCCCCCACACCUACUAGUAGACCGCAACAUCAGAAUAAAGGCACUGGUCGCGCUGUUCCUACUUCUAGCGAGCUAGUCAAACGCGUAGCAGCGAGAUCAAGGAAAGCAGGAGAGCACACAGAAGACUCAGCUGUACAAAAAAGUACACAAGAGCAAAGCCGUAUACAAGUAGAGCAUCAACAUCCUCGAGAACACCCUAAAGAACAUGAACUACAAACAAGUGGCGUAGCACCAAAGACACCUAAGUCUUCUAGUACCUUUUGCUCGUCUCCUGCCAAGAAAUUUGACAAUGUGGUAGCAGAGUUGGCAUCUUCUACGACCACUAGUGGAGGUCGUUAUAAAGUUCCAAACGGUCCUAUUAAUCAGACUGGCGCUAUUAAUCAGACUGGAGCUGGAGGAGGAAAAGCAGCAGGAGGUGCGACAUCAAGUAGAAGGGGCCCGGAGUGGGCCCCUCCUGAAGUCAUCAAUCCGCAGCACUUGCAGGAGACGGAGAGUUCCGCUGGGUCUAUCGCACACAAGACGUCUAAAGAAAAGAGAAAAAAAUCCUCUAAGUCAUCUUCUUCAUCCUCACCUGCUAGUUCGUGCACACAUGGAGGCUCUAGAAGUUUUCAAAAAGAUCAACAAUAUAAUCAGCAGGGUGGACCAGUCCCAGUCGUUGUUCAACAUCCCUCCGAUGAAAGUAGGGACAUCAGUAAAAACUCGUCUGCGUCGACAGCAGAUCCAGGACGCCUUUCAUUACCGACUACCGAUGAUGAUUGUGAUGAACUACAGUUAAGGCUUGAGGAAAUUCAUCUUCGUCCCGUCAGCCCAGGAAGCUGACCAAGAUGGAUUUUUGCAAGGUCUAAUGCACUACAGCCAGGCCUCUACUGGCACCACUGGCAGUCCAACUCGUCCCAGAAUAUUAGGCUGCGCCUCUCCUUCUCCCCACUGUUCAAGAGAGAGGCUGCGACGGCCGUCACCGUGCUCCACGACUCAUGCACCAUCUUCCUUCGACCGUGCAAUGGCUGAAGGAGAGUCCGCCUCGACCCAGUUCUUUGACGCGUCUUUUAUGUUGGCUUGGCCGAAUUUAUCUUGAAAGGCAUCUUGGAGGAGGGCUUGUUUCUCAAAGAGAUGUGAAACACUGUAUCUAUAAGUACAAAGAUUUGAACUUUCAAGGUCAUGAAAUUUGGGCAAUAAACUACUCUAAGCCUAGCAGCAUGACACCUGGUCGACGAGUGGUUGGGGAUCUUUCUGUUGAAAGCGUGUGUGGCUCUAGUAUCCUCGCAUGUUGUGGAGAUCCUCCAUGUCGUGGAGAUCCUCCUGGUGCAACUACUGCGACUCCUGGUGGAUUACAACUGACUAGUUGUAUCACCGAAAAAGAUAUUAGACGCGACGAAACUACCCAAGCCCAACAAACUACUACCCGCAAGAGGAAUAAACUUCUACAACGAGGAGCACGACAUUGUAAAGCUGCCAGUUGGAGCUCAACCCUGCAGCUUGAGUGCGGAAGCAAUACACUUCUCCUGUCACCAGCUGCAAGUGGACCAGGAGGAGCGCAGCAGGUGGACUUAUCUCCUCUCAAGCACACAAGAAAUACCACCACGGUUUUGUUUCAGAAAGCGCCGUUUUUGUUGCCGAAAAGCGUGAAUUUCGGCGACGAUUUGCACCCAAAGGCUAUGCCGUUCCGGGGAACCACCGGCGUACACUCGCGUGCUCGGAGUUGGUCCCAUGCGUCGAAGCCGGUGUCAAUUUUUAUGGUCUUAGGCCCUCUUAGGUAUUGUUCGUGCGGGUGGUGGAAGAGAGAGGAUAAUGAUGAAGAUCGCCCGGAACACCUUACCUCAUGCGUAGAAAAGGAGCAUAAGCUCAAAAAAUAUAUGCGCGAAUUUAAAAGUUCUAUCGGCCUUGAGCGCUAGCCUAAACCUGCAGGAGAGUAGUCUUCAAUAUCACGAGUCCUCUCGAUCAAGUUCAGCGUUGAUGCCGUCCGUUUUCCCUUUCUUCAGGGGAAAGACUAAGGCAUAUUAACGAACGAGGUAUAGGUAAGCUACCAUCGAAUGGGGUAAGCUAACAUCGGGUGGGGUAAGCUAACACCGAAUGGGGUACAUUUUACUCUUAUUCGCAUCCUACCUCUAAAAUUUCGAACAUUAUAACGAUUCCUGAGGAUGACUUGUGUGCUCCGGAUCCUACAACUGACAACCAGCUUCACCCCUUUGGCUGCGUAUCCUGCGAAGACGAGAGUGAGGAUGAGCGUGACGUCGAGGUAUUCAAACACAAAAACCAAGUACCUUAGAGAAUUAUUCCGUAGUAUACAACUCGGCUAUCUUUCAGUUGCUAUGUCGCUUCUUGUGUUGAUAUUCUUUCAGCGAAGGUUCCCUGUGUUCCCUGUGCUCCUCCACGUGACGCUGCUCAACCUGUACAUCCACUUCAAGAAUAGGGUCAGUAAUGAAGCACGUAAUUAUUAUAUUUUGUCUUUUUUCUCAUUCUCUUUUGAUGCAUGCCUUUUUCUCCUUCAGGUGGCUGGCCGAAGCAUUUCACUAAAAGAAGCUCACUGUGAUGGAGUCGAUGCAGCAGACCUCGAGGUGGUCCCAAGUUCUUCUACAAUUAAGUCUUCCACUCCGGAUGAAUUUUUUUACCAGACUGACGGCGAUCGCGCCUUCGAUAUUGAUGCCUUACUCCCGGUGCGGGCAGGUGCUGGUAGACCCGUCUUAUCUCCAAGUCACCGUUUUAGUUCGGUCAUGAGUUCCAACCCACCUUCUAGAAAAAUGACCGCUGACGCACCAACAUCAGCAGGCCACCAAACCGAUGGUGAAAGGCCGCAGCCGGCCAGUAGUAGGACCAAGCAAGUUAAGGUGGUCGUUGAGGAAAGUAUAAGGGAUAGAAGUACAGAAUCGACUAGCUGCCCCUGCCGAAUAGAUUGGAAUCAUCAGAAUCAACUAGAUGUUGACGUAGACGGAUUCUACAACAAAUUACCUCUAGAGGGACGAGCAUCAUCCACUUAUACAUAGAGUAAGUGCAAUCAGGAUAACAAUAGUCAAAAGGCUCCUGUAGUAACUACUGUAGUAACUGCAAGCAUGAGAAGUCUAGAUGGUGGUGGAAUAAAACAUCAAUUACAAGAAUUUAAUUUGAGUCACAACUUUCUGUGCUGGAGUUGCAGUUGCCUACGAAAACCCUGUACUAUGGUUCCUCUUCUAAACGUAACGACGACGCGGGGGCGCUAGCGGAUGUGGUCGAAGGUGUUUAUGGUGAUUGUUCCGACGCGAUGUUACUUUAUUCCGGGACGCCAAAAACUACACGACCUACAGGCAUCGCUAGUGCAGUGGAUAAUCUUUCGAGGUCCAGACCAGCUACAGCUAGUUCAACACUACCAGACUUAGGUCCAACUCGAUUUCCGGCAUGGUCUUCGACAUCAAGACCAGGCUCGUCUGCUCAAGGCACCAGCUGUGUAUCGGGGCCACCACGACCGCCAUCCCGGAGUAGUGCUCAGGGCAGCUCUGCGUCAGGACAAGGAUCAACUAUGAUUUGAAGGUUCCUCCUUCUAGAAAUCCAUGGGGAAAUAGGAAAAUUUCCUACACGACCAUGUGAGGAAAAUAGUAAUAGAUCUGAGAUGGAUCUCAGGAUGAAUUUUUAGGAUGAGCUCUUCUAAAUCAGGGGGCUUUCUAUACGACCAUGGUGUUGUGGUAGAAGAUGACCACUUGUACUUGAGACCUAUGAAGAUGACGUCGUAGUACUUCAUCCCGGUGAGUGACUUUUGUUACUAGAACCCUGAAAACCAAAUUGUGUCCCGUGACCUUCAUCUUAAUCCUUACAAACAACUUCAUUUAUAGAAGUACCUUCUAGCGAGUAAGGGUUGGAAAAAAUAUGAAAGUUGUAACGCGUAGCUUUUCUCGAGGAUGUUGGGUUCUCCACUGUAAGCCGUUGUCACCAUACACAUCAUUUAUUCUUAUCGAAACACUUUUUAUGCAAAUAUACACGAGCAAUUUGGGGUGGAAGCGAAUAUACUAGGCAGUAACUCUACCUCAUAUUAUUUGAUACUGUCCCUCCGUCGAAGGCGUUGCGACCCAGCGAACGCCACUCGCUGCAAUUCGUGGGCCCUUGGCUGUAGUGGCUGGCCUUCGCGAAACUUGCUCCGUUGUCGCGCCUCCGAUGCCAUUAUCGUGGGCACAUGAGCAGCUGGCGCCUCGUCCUAGCCGAGUCGCACCCUGGCGUGGCCGUAGCCGCGUGUGUACAGGCUGCCUCGGAGAUCGUUCACGCAUCGAGAUCGAGGAGGUUAAACAGUAACACCUGAGGAGGGACCGGCUCGACGCCGAGGGUGGCCGACGCGUACCGUUUGAAUGUCCUGAGGAACCCCAGGAAGGUCAUGGAAGGCGCUGGUCGCCUGACUGUCUGGCGAGCCCCUAACCCCCAAUAAAAGCCGCAAUAUUUGAUAUUAUCACAUAGUCUACUAUUUCUCCAAUAUAACUAGUAGUUGUAUUUGUUGAUGAAUAAAGUGAUAGAUAGUUAGGUUCCCAGGUGAGUCACAGGUGAGGAGUGCUCGAAAGAGGUUUUGGAGUGCAUAUUCAUGCGAAUGAUGUUGCUAGUGCUAGUACUACCCCCAUCCUGAGGACGAGGAUAAUGCUACGUAUUACCUGACUAUUGCUAUGAUAUUUCUCUCGUCGUACUAUUUCUAUGAUAUUAUGUAUAAUGUCGUUCUUAUAAGAGGAAAAACUUUCACUAGUUUUUCUUCCGGUCAUGAUCUAUCUACUUACUUCCUUCGUGCAUAAUCUUGAUCUACGAUUCUUCAGCGAGCUAAUUUUCGACCAACAUGUUGAUAGUACUUUUCGUUUCAUCUACGUAGGUACUGUCAUAAUUAUCGGCUUUUCUUUUCAACUCACAGUUUUGCUUUAUUCACCUCCUUUAAAAUCAUAAUCUCUUGUUUACUACUUGUUAACCUUCUACUAGAUGGAGGUUGAUAGAAAUUUUGGUCAAUUAUUGCGUCUCCUAGUUCAACAUUGAGCAAUAAUGAAGUACUGAUAUGGGAGUAAUAUUAUCAAUUUAUUUGCUUUUUCGAACCAUCUGGAAGUCGACCCAACUACAACUUGGAUGAAGUCUUCCAAAACGAACCAGGUGAAGCCUCCGUUUGCCUAUAAUGAACGUGCGAGGCCGCUUGAAUUGGGCGUUCUCCUUCAUUAUAGUAUGACCAAGGACUGACUUGCUAGUCACAUCAAUAUCACAAAAAUGUAAUUUUUAGCAAGUCACACUCAACCCUCCAUGAUUGAUUGAAGUCACACACAAUCUGCCAUCAGGUAGUACAACCCUACUGAUGUACUCGGCAGCCAAGGUCAAGAACGGAAAAUUACUCAAACAAUCCCUUUACUACUAAGACUCAAAAAUCAAUGUCUUAUUUUUCCAAAGAUGCUCCUUAUCGAGUUUCUUGAGAAGUGGUCGUAGCUUCCAUCAGGAAUCUCAGUCUCUCUACCUCAGGAUAAUGCGUUAAUUUCCCCCUUCCCAUGCAACUGGUUGUAGCUCCUACACCUCAUGAAUUCAGGCACCUCUUCAAUCAACCAAUCAAUCCAGGACAAAUAUAAUUAAAGAUGCACUCCCGUCAAACUAAAUGACUGGGUAUAUCAUCAUCAUCCUAUCAGAUGCACACCUCCUUCAUUCAAGAAGGCCAAAAAUCGAUGCGCAUGGUUUUGCUACACCUGUCUACUUCACGUAACUUACCCACCACGUUGUCACGUUGUAAGUGACCUUCCACGUUGAUCUAGCAUAACAAUUCAUACGGAAGACGUCAUGUUGAGUGGCUGAUCUAGAGGACAAUGAAAAUGCUUUAAUAAGCUCAACAUAUUGAGAAUUGCCAACCAUGUUGAUGUCCAUGAUCAAUCUACAUGAGAACCAUCCCAUGACAUGUGAAAACUACAAAGCGAAAGCGGGAAAAGAAUGCCAC